AUUCGAUUAAGCCAUUACUCAUAAUUAGAACAAAAAUAUUCGGAGAAAGGAAAAACAAAGGAGAUGGCAACUCAAGCCGCCGGAAUCUUCAGCCCCGCCAUACCAAUCGCCGCUUCCACCGUCAAGAAACUCCACCAUUUCUCGACAACCCACCGACCCAAAUCUCUCACAUUCCUCAAAACAGCAAUCCGCGCCGAAAAAACAGAGUCAUCUGCCCCAACCGUGAAAGAAGCAGCUCCGGUUGGAUUCACUCCGCCGCAGCUAGACCCAAACACGCCAUCACCGAUCUUCGCCGGAAGCACAGGAGGUCUUCUCCGUAAAGCCCAAGUCGAAGAAUUCUACGUCAUCACAUGGAACUCACCGAAAGAACAAAUCUUUGAGAUGCCGACAGGAGGCGCGGCAAUAAUGAGAGAAGGACUGAAUUUGUUGAAACUGGCGAGGAAAGAACAGUGUUUGGCAUUAGGUACGAGGUUGAGAUCCAAGUACAAGAUCAGUUACCAGUUUUACAGAGUCUUCCCUAACGGAGAGGUUCAGUAUCUUCACCCGAAAGACGGAGUUUAUCCAGAGAAAGCGAAUCCAGGAAGAGAAGGUGUUGGUCUAAACAUGAGAUCCAUCGGCAAGAAUGUUAGUCCCAUUGAGGUUAAAUUCACAGGGAAACAAUCCUAUGAUUUGUAAGAUUUCUUAUUCGUAUUUCAAUUAACGUUGGUCAAACAAACAACCAAAAUUCUGUGAAUUCUUGUGAAUGUUUAUACAAUCCUUUGAGUAUGUAAUCUAAACAAAGUAUAAUUCUUAACGUCAAAAA